AUGAGUGACCUCAGAAACAGUUACCAAACUGUGUGGGACAAGUUCAGAGGUCAAACUGCAGCUGAUCGAGAUGCUUUCCUGACUGACUCAUUCCCUAACGGCUUCCAGUGGGCCACUUCCAGUGAGUCCUUCAAGGUUGAAGGAGGAUGGUCAGUGGGAGGAAAGGGUGAGACCAUUUGGGACCGCUUCGGGCAUCAAGGUCAAGCUUUUGAAAAUCAGACUGCUGACCUGGCAUGUGACAGCUACCGCAAGGUUAUUUAUGACGUCUACCUCCUGCGAAGUCUUCAAGUCAACACCUUCCAGUUUUCUAUCUCCUGGGCCCGCAUUUUCCCUUCAGGCCACAAAGACAGCCAAUCAGAGGAUGGGGUUCGCUACUAUAACAGCCUCAUUGACACUCUCAUAGAAUCAGGCAUCAAACCUAUUGUCACUCUCUACCACUGGGAUCUGCCCCAGAGUCUCCAGGACAGAGGUGGGUGGGCUGACGCUUCCAUUGUCGAGGCCUUCAAAGAGUACGCAGAUUUUUGUUUUUCUGAAUUUGGGGACCGGGUCAAGACCUGGAACACAUUCAGUAGUCCCUGGGUGGUGAGCCAUGCUGGAUAUGGCACCGGUGAACAUGCUCCUGGUGUCAAGGACUACGUGACUGCAGCCUAUCAGGUCACUCACAAUAUUCUGAAGUCCCAUGCUGAAGCCUGGCAUGUCUACAGUGACAAGUACAGAACGGCACAACAAGGUCAAGUGGGCAUCGCAUUAAACGCUGACUGGGCAGAACCAGCAGAUCCCUCCAAAUCUGAAGAUGUUGCUGCUGCAGAGCGCUACCUUGAGUUUAUGCUGGGCUGGUUUGCACAUCCCAUAUUUGGAGCCGGAGACUAUCCUUCAAUUCUGAAAACUCAAAUUGAAGAGAAAAGAGCAGCAUGUCCAUCCUCUGUGCCUGCAAUACUACCAACAUUCACUCCUGCAGAAAUUACUAGAAUCCGUGGCACGGCUGACUUUUUUGGACUGAACCAUUACACCUCCCGGGUAAUCACACAUGUUGAUGGUGGCUGCGUCGCAGGUCCUGAGGGGGUGGGUAACUUCAGAUCAGCUGUGCACCCCUCAGGGAGCUCUGUGCCUUUUGGCCUGAGAAGGCUUCUAAACUACAUUUCAACAGUGUACUUACAAACUAGGAAAGUACCAAUCUAUAUAACUGGGAAUGGGAUGCCAACAGAGUACACUGGGGAUGUCAUCAAUGAUCAAAGCAGAAUACAGUACUUAAGGAGCUACAUCAAUGAGGCUUUGAAAGCUGUCAAACAGGACAGUGUAGACGUGCAGAGAUUUACUGUACAGUCACUUCUGGAUGGCUUUGAAGGUCCACAAGGCUAUAGCGAACGUUUUGGUCUGCAUUAUGUCAACUUCGAUCUGCCUGACAGACCCAGGACCCCAAAACAAUCUGCCUACUUUUACUCAGAGGUCAUUGAGAAAAAUGGUUUUGCUCCACAAAACACAGUCUUUCAUAGUUCACAAGAGAAAAAGCUGAAGUCAAAGAAAGUAGGACCACUGCCACCGUCCACCGUCCCAUCCAGCGCCAAAGAUGUUUGGAGAAAGUUCUCAGGUCAAACUGUUUUGGAGAGAAAGUUGUAUCACUUUGGUACUUUCCCAGAUGACUUCAGCUGGGGAGUUUCUUCUUCAGCUUACCAGAUUGAAGGUGGCUGGAAUGCUGAUGGGAAAGGGCCCAGUGUCUGGGAUACCUUAACUAGUACAGGUGGCAGCGGUGUCCCUGAGGAUGCCAAUGGACAAGUUGCCUGUGAUAGUUACAACAGAUUUAAAGAAGAUGUUUACAUGCUGCGAGGUCUGAGGGUAAACUCAUACAGAUUUUCUAUUUCCUGGUCCAGGAUCUUUCCUAAUGGAAGGCGUUCCUCCCUGAACCAGAAAGGGGUUGACUACUACAACAAUCUCAUUAACAGCCUUGUAGAAGCAAAUAUCUCCCCUAUAGUAACACUUUAUCAUUAUGACCUCCCUACUGCUUUGCAAACUGAGCUGAAUGGCUGGGAAAAUCCUGAAAUGAUUGAUAUUUUUAAUGAGUAUGCUGACUUCUGUUUUGCCACGUUUGGUGACAGAGUGAAAUUUUGGAUAACUUUCCAGCAGCCUUACACAAUUGCUUGGUUAGGAUAUGGAAUUGGACAGUAUCCUCCAAGGAUUAGAAAUCCAGGAACAGCACCAUACCAAGUUGGACACAACCUGAUUAAAGCUCACGCUACAGCUUACCACACAUAUGAUGAUAAGUAUCGUGGUUCCCAAUUUGGCAAAGUCUCCAUUGCUCUAAAUGCUGAUUGGAUCGAGCCUGCUGACGCUAAUAAUCCCCGUGAGAUAUACGCUGCUGACCGUGCAAUGCAAUUCCAAUUAGGUUGGUUUGCUCACCCCAUUUUCAAGAAUGGUGACUAUCCUGAUGCACUGAAGUGGCAAGUUGGAAACAAAAGUGAACUCCAAGAACUUUCAGAGUCAAGAUUACCCUCCUUCAGUGAAGAAGAUAAGAACUUCAUCAAGGGAACUGCCGACAUGUUUUGUACAAAUCAUUAUACCUCAAGAAUAGCAGGCCAUGCAAUAACUGCAAUUAACCCCCCAUCCAUGGAGAAUGACUAUGACUUUACACUGUCCGAAAUGUUUGAUCAACCAACCACGCCUAUCGAAAACCAGAGAGCUGUGUCUCAUGGCUUGAGAAGACUUCUCAACUGGAUCAAAGAGGAAUAUGGAAAUCCAGAGAUUUACAUUACUGAGAAUGGAGUUACUUCAGAUAGGUGGACCACAUUUGACGACACAGACAGAAUCUUUUUGUACAAAACUUAUAUUGACGAGGCUUUAAAGGCUCAGAAUCUGGAUGGAGUGAAUGUGAAAGGAUACAUGGCAACAUCACUCAUGGAUUCCUUUGAGUGGACCAGAGGAUAUCUAUUUGCAUAUGGCCUGCACCAUGUUGAUUUUACAAACCCAAACCGGCCAAGGACACCAAAGCGCUCGGCACAUUAUUACUCCCAGAUCGUUAAGGACAAUGGCUUCCCAAUUCCAGAGGAUGACAAGUUUCUUUAUGGACACUUUCCUGAAGGUUUUCGCUGGAGCACUUCCAGCUCUGCUUAUCAGAUUGAAGGAGGCUGGAGAGCUGAUGGAAAAGGACUAAGUAUUUGGGAUGAGUUUUCCCAUACUCCUUCCAAAGUGCACAACAGUGACACUGGGGACAUCGGCUGUAAUAGCUACAACAAGAUCACGGAGGAUGUGGAAGUACUUAAGAGACUGAAAGUCACGUCCUAUCGAUUUUCUAUCUCCUGGUCCAGAGUCUUGCCUGAUGGUACUAUCAAUAACAUCAAUGAAGCUGGACUGAACUACUAUCAUAGAUUACUCGAUGCCUUGCUUGCAGAGAACAUUGAACCACAGGUUACCUUGUAUCACUGGGACCUUCCUCUGGCUCUGCAGAAAGAUGGAGGCUGGGAGAAUGACACCAUUGUCCAGCGCUUCAAAGAAUAUGCUGAUCUUAUAUUCGAACGACUUGGGCCCAAAGUGAAGUUCUGGAUCACUCACAAUGAAGCCUGGAUUGUGGCCUACCUUGGCUAUGGAGUUGGCGCUUUUGCUCCAGGUCUCGUUGGCAACCAGUAUAUUACUGCUCACAACCUGAUCAGGUCCCAUGCCGAGGCUUGGCAUGUUUAUAAUGACAAGUAUCGAGCAACACAGAAUGGCAUCAUCUCCAUUACAAUCAAUUCAGAGUGGGCAGACCCAAGAAACCCAUACAAGCACGAGGACUGGGUUGCACAAGAACGCUACAUGCAGUUCUUCAUUGGUUGGUUUGCCCAUCCCAUCUUCAGAGGUGAUUAUCCUGAGCUGAUGAAAAAAGUUGUUCGUGAAAGAAGCCUUGCUGCAGGACUCCCAAAAUCACGGCUCCCAGAGUUCACCCCUGAAGAAAUCGCAAGGAUCAAUGGGACUCAUGAUUACUUUGGCUUUAACUUUUACACGGGAGUUCUUGGAUUUCAUAUUGAGCAACCACUCGAUCAGCAGACUUAUGAAGGUGAUCGGUCAGUUGCCUUUAUUCCUGAUCGUUCCUGGAUCGAUUCUGGCUCUUCCUGGCUGAAGAUCACACCAUUUGCAUUCAGGAGACUCCUCAAAUUCAUAAAGGAUAAUUACGGAAACCCACCCGUCUAUGUCACUGAAAAUGGGAUCUCGGAAGCAGGAGAAGUGGACUUAAAUGACGCUCACAGAAUAUACUUCUAUGAGCACUACAUUGAUGAAGCUUUGAAAGCUAUUCGUCUGGAUGGAGUUGAUGUGAGAGGAUACACCGCCUGGUCACUAAUGGACAACUUCGAGUGGGCUUCUGGUUACAGUGAGCGUUUCGGACUUUUCUAUGUAAAUCGCUCCGACCCCAACCUUCCAAGAAUUCCCAAGGCAUCAGCAGCGCGUUAUACCUCCAUCAUCAUGUGCAACGGUUUCCCAGAUCCAGAUAAAGGACCCCAUGCAUGUUUGAAGUCUGGCACUGGUGCAGACCCGCCCGAGACCACCGUGAACAAAGUGGACUUUUUGGGUUUGCAGCUUUUGCCUGAAGACGCUGAAGUGGGACUUUAUGUCCUCUUUGCGUUUCUGCUUGUAGCCGUACUCAGCAUUAUUUUUGCUGUCUAUAUGGUCAUGAAAACUAAAAAGAAAGCAAGGAAAAUGAGCUCUGAGAUGAAGAUGGAGAAAAUGUGA